UUAUGUGUAAAGUUGAAGUGUUUAUGGGAAGAUAAAAUUGCGCUCGCAUUGCUAAUUAUAAAAACGAUCGACUCGCCUUUCUUAUUCGAUACACGCACAUCGAAAUGUGUUCGAUUCAGUUCUUGGUGGUUUAUUUGGCCCUUGUCACCGUCGUUUCAGGACAAUCCAUAGUUCUCGCCAACAACAAGUUGUCUUUGGAGAUUCAACCAAGAACCAAUGAAAGCUUGAAUCUGGUCUUUGGUGAAGCCAAUAAGACUCGUCUUGUUGGAAAGAUCGGUUUAGGCCUUGACGUGGAAAACGCGACGGAGUGUUACGGCCUGGAGAAUUGUUUGCAGUUUGGAGAGCAUGUUCAGCUGCACGUGCUCAGACACCUGGAGGAUGGUUUCACGAUCCUGUGGCAAACAGAAGACGUAUCUAUAGAGUUUCGCGAUUGUAUCGAUCUGCAGAGUGCGACAAAGCGAUGGUUCGGAGGUCCUCAAUGGCACAGACAGGAAUGGCCUAUUGAGAAAAUGCGGAUGCACGAAUUUCCUUACGUUACCUCUGCGAAGAAUGGUUCGGCCAUCGCCGAACCCUACUGGUUGGAUUCCCAUGGAAACUACGUCUUUGUCGAUCGAAGGACACCUCUGUUCGUCGAUCAAAAUGUCAUAGACAUUGGUCACAUCUGCUUCACAGCCAAACAGAGCAUUCCUUAUUUUGGCAGGAAACGGAUUUUGCUGCAGUAUACGAUUUCGGGAUUACCAAAUACGCGGGAAGCGCAUUUGCACGCAGUGAAAAACUUCUUAGGAAAACCGAAAGGUCGUCCCAACAACAAGUUUCUUAGUAAACCUAUAUACACAACCUGGGCUCGUUUCAAGACGCAAAUCAACGAUUCGAUCGUGCUCGAUUUCGUGGAUAAUAUCAAAAGAUAUCGUCUGCCGAUAGGACACUUCGUAAUCGACGAUUCUUGGGAGGACUGCUACGGCUCGCAGGUGUUCGACACCGAACGAUUUCGUUCCAUUUCCGAUACUUUGUGGACGUUGCGCUACGAAAGGUUCACCUACUCCUUCUGGAUCCAUCCUUUCAUUAACGUAAAUUGCGAAGAUUUAUCUGAAAUCGGGAACCGCAAUGGAUUAUUCAUGAAGAACUUAUGGGGAAUGACUGGAACGACAUGGUGGAACAGUGAGGAGCAGCAGUCGCAGCAUUUGGAUUUCAGCAAGACCGAGGUUCGGGAUUGGUUUGUGAACGCACUGAAGAGGUUGCAAUAUGAGCACAAGGUUCACAGCUUCAAGUUUGAUGCCGGAGAGAGCAGCUGGGCACCCUACAGAGCUGAAAUGAUGGGCGACGUCGAACUUUCACCCAACCAGAUGACCACCAACUAUGUCCGUAUGGCUGCCGGCUUCGGAGAUCUCGUGGAGGUCCAUUCCGGAUACAACACGCAGGACUUGCCAGUUCUGGUUAGGAUGAUUGAUAAAGAUUCCACCUGGGGCGCCGAUAAUGGACUGCCCACCCUCAUCACAACUUUACUCCAGAUGAACAUUAACGGAUACACUUUAGUUUUACCGGAUAUGAUCGGCGGUAAUGGGUAUAAUGGGAAGCCGAGCGCCGAGCUCUACGUCAGAUGGUUACAGGCCACAAUUUUCAUGCCCGCAAUUCAGUUCGGCUACGUCCCCUGGGACUUCAUCGAAGAAGAAACCGACAUCGAUGUGGUCAGAAUAACCAGAGAUUUAAUGGAAUUGCGCGAGUAUUUUUCGAACGAGAUUGCUUUGGCCAUGAUCAACAGCACGGACCGAGGACACCCGGUGAACGGGCCUCUCUGGUGGGUGGAUCCGACCAAUCCGGAAGCGCACAAGGUUGACAACCAAUUCAUGUUGGGUGACAACAUCAUGGUUGCUCCGGUUGUCGCCCAGACCAAGAUUUCGAGAGAUGUUUACUUUCCGAAGGGUAGCUGGGUGAGCGGCCAACGACCUACGGUAGCUUACAAAGGUCCCUUCGUGAUGAAGUACCCCGUGAACAUCACCAGCUUGCCGUACUUUGUUCGAAGAGGUUCAUCAGCUCACGAUGUCGUCAAGCGUAUACAUCACUUAAACUGAUUCAAUAAAUAUGUAGUUAGUAGAUAUUAUAAAAAAAGACACAUUUAAUUUUUCAG